AUGGCCACCGCAGAAAAGAAAGGAGAUCGCUUGCCAGAGAACGCGGAUGUCCAAGCGGCGGAUGGCGAAGUCUCGGACUUGAUCAAUGCAUCAGGCCACGUUCAAGAACUCGACCGCAACUUUAGUCUGCUCGCAGCAGCUGGAGUCGGCAUUGUUGUUGGCAAUGUAUGGCCUGCUGUAGGAGGAUCGAUCCUUGUUGCGAUCUUCAACGGUGGUCCGCCCGGAGUUAUCUACGAGUUCAUCGCUGUCUCUGUCUUUUAUUGGAUUGUGGCGGCUUCAAUUGCUGAAUUGGCUUCAGCUAUUCCUUCAAGUGCCGGCGUUUACCACUGGGCCUCCGUCACACCAGGAAAGAAAUGGGGCAGGGUCAUCGGAUUCUAUGCAGGAUACUGGAACUGGCUGGCUUGGGUGUUUGGUGUAGCCUCCAUGAGCUUCAUCUUUGCCAACACUGUUGUGCAAAUGUACGGCGUCACCCACAGCGACUUCGAAGCCAAGCAAUGGCAUGUUUUCGUUACGUAUCUUAUCGCUACCUGGAUCGCUUGUGCCUGCGUUUGUCUGUUCAAUAGCGCGAUGCCACACCUCAACACCAUUGGAAUAUUCCUGAUACUUGCCGGAUUCUUGAUUACAAUCAUUGUUGUCGCUGCCAUGCCUGGCACAGGUGGGCGGCCACCUCAUGCGUCUUCGAGCUUUGUAUGGACAGAUUGGACGGCGGAUAUAGGAUAUCCUAGUGGCUUUGUAUUCGUCGCCGGGAUGCUCAAUGGAGCGUAUGCAGUUGGUACACCCGACGCUGUCAGCCAUAUCGCAGAGGAGAUCCCAAACCCAGGGAGAAACGUUCCAAUUGCGAUUGCGACGCAGAUGGCCAUUGGAUUUUUCACUGGUUUGCUGUAUAUCAUCGCGAUUAUGUAUGCCAUAAAUGACUACGACGCCCUGUUCGACUCGGCUUUCCCCGUAGCAGAGAUUUAUCGACAGGCCACGGGAUCAUCAAGCGGGGCGAUUGGCUUGCUGUGUCUGCUGUUGUUCUGUAUUGCAGUCUGCAUGGUUGGAGUCUACAUCACUGCAGGCCGGACGCUUUGGACGCUCGCCCGAGAUGGAGCGACACCAUUUCCUCAAUACCUUGGGAAAGUGUCUCCACGGUUUGGUAUGCCUCUUGUGGCGACUCUGACUUGUGGCUGCAUUGCAACAGUGUUGGGAUGCAUUUAUGUGGGCAGCACCACAGCUUUCAAUGCUUUUGUUGGAAGCUUCGUGCUUAUGAGCAGUUCAUCGUAUAUUGCAGCAAUCUUGCCGCACCUACUGACACGCCGGAAGAACAUUCAUUUUGGGCCAUUCCAACUGAAGAAACUCGGGGUCAUUUUCAACGUUAUCGCUUGUGGAUACUUGAUUGUCUGGUUCAUCAUUUACUGCUUCCCUUUCGCUCUACCAACCACCGCACAAAGCAUGAAUUAUGCGUGCUUGAUUUGGGGAGCUCUCACCAUCUUUGUGACCGUUUGGUGGUUCGUGGGCGCCGGUCGCUAUGUCGGUCCGAAGACGACUGGAGGCAUAAAUGCUGAGAUUGAGCAAGUGAGAAGAGCAAGUGUAGAACGGAUGAGGAGGGCGAGUGCGACAAAGAGAGCGGGUGUGUGA